AUGUUUUCUGACGAUGCCCGCGAAUGGACACUUCAUGUGACUGCAGCUGUGGACGGCGGGGCGAUCUGCACAGUGAAAGCCUUGCCGUCAGACGCAGUGAUCUCCUUGCGCCAGAAAGUCGUGGCUGAACUGGGCUAUGUUUCUCGAUUUCGUUUGCUCGCUGGCUGCUGUAUCCUCACUGGGGGGAUGACUCUUGAAGCAGCCGGCCUUUGUGACAACUGCUCGCUGCAGCUGAUUUGGCUACCCUCCCAAGUGCUUGCUACAGCUUCCACGGACACCACGGCCGCUUUCUGGAGCAUGGAGUCAGGAGAGAACAUGCAGCUGUUCUCGGGCCACGAUGAUCAGGUUAUGUGGCUCUGCUUUUCAACGGACGGACAGCUUCUUGCGACCGCCUCCACAGACCGCACUGCGAGAAUUUGGUGUGCAGACAGCGGUGAGUGCUUGGCCACGCUGCUCGGCCACAAGGGCCCCGUUUUCUCAGUGGCAUUUUCGCCCGACAGCCGUUCUGUGGCGACGUGUUCGCAUGACAAGCAGAUCCGGAUUUGGACCGUGCCGACCGGACACUGCAUCGACACACUCGUCGGGCACAGCAAGCAAGUAUUCUCUGUGUCUUGGUCCCGUGACGGCUCGCACCCCAGCGCUGUGGAACGAAAGGGGGGAUGA